AUGGCAGCGCCUACUUCAGGUACUGAGGCAGCAGCCAGCGCAGCCAGCACAGCCAGCGCAGCCACUGCGCGUCUGGGGGGAAAGAGGUCAAAGAAGAAGGCUCUGGCCCAGGCCAACGGCUAUGCCGCCGAAAGCAGCGGCCGGCGCGGACCUAGUGGGCAGGAGCUCCGUGGGCCCAUGCAGCGCACCACUGCCGUGGAGGUUGUGCCGGAGGAUGUGGAAAAUCCCUUUCAGACCCCGGCCAUCGAGGCUGAGAAUGUCCACAAGGUUUACGACACCAUCGCAAGCCACUGGAAUCACACGCGAUACAAAGCAUGGCCAAGGGUAGAGGCCUUCGUGCGCAGCCUGCCAAAGCAUUCGCUGGUGGCGGACCUGGGUUGUGGCAAUGGCAAGAACCUGCCCCAUGUGAAGGAAGCCUGUGGCUUUGCCGUGGCAUCGGACAUCAGCGCACCCUUGGCGCGGAUUGCCGCAGAGGAGCAUGGGGCCAGCUGCAUGGUGGCAGAUUGUCUGACCACCCCGCUGCGCGCCGGUAUCUUCGACGCGGUGCUGUCCAUUGCGGUGCUACACCACCUCUCGACCCCUGCGCGUCGAAUACAGGCUCUGCGAGAAGCCGCGCGCCUGCUCAGAGUUGGAGGUCAGCUGUUGGUUUACUGCUGGAGUUACGAGCAGGACGACGAGCGCUCGCGCUCUAGACAUCGCUUUGUGGCCCAGGACGUCCUGGUUCCCUGGAGUUUUCGAACGCCUGGCCUGAAGAAGGGAAAGGCCGCAGCUACACCGGCUGAAGCCACUGGUGCAGUUGCUGCCGAGGAGGGCGAAGGUGUUUCCGGCACCCCUGAGACAUGGGAAGAGCAGCCCCCAGUGUGCCAAAGAUAUUGCCAUGUGUACAGGGAGGGUGAGCUUGAUGAGCUGUUACAGGAGGUGCCGGACCUAGUUGUGCUGGACAGCGCAGCUGGCACGUGCAGAGUUGGGUGGUGGUGCAGGUUACUUCGACACUGGAAACUGGUGUGCCAUUGCCCAGCGAAGAUGAGCGCAAUGAGGCCGGGCUGCUGUCGUAAGCCCCAGACAGUGCCUGGACGCUGA